UAUUUGGCUUUGGAGGGAAAAGAAAAGCCCCAAGGCUCCCUCGCCUAGGCUAGGGUUUGUGGCAGAGCAGGGAGGGAAUGUGGCAGCAGAUUCAAGCUUGAGGAAUGCCGAGGCUGUCGCCACUGCGGAUUUUUGGGAGCUUGCCCGGUGGCAGCAAAGGGGGGCAAUGCGCCGAGUCUGCGGAGAACGAGAGCGCUGGUCGUGUUCCCUUCGGUGAGAUCUCUGGAUUCGAUUCGUCUACUCCUUGCAACAGGGCACACACAGCCUCCAAUCCGCUUUCGGAGAAGGAGAAGAAUGUGGCUUCCGAUGGCGUUGCGGACAGGCGUGCCUUCAAUCCCACGCUCAAGCUCAAGUGGAUCCAGCAGCAGGCGAUCGUCAAGAAGCAGCAGCUCCAGCCCCGUGACGACGAUGCGCGAUCUGACACCAGCGAGCAGCAGCAGCAGCAGCCGUUUGGUACCCCGUCCUCGCGCGGCCCCCGCCACCAGCCUUACAGCAGCGUCCAGGCGGCGAGCAAGCACGGCGGAGGAAGCCAGUUCAGCACCCCUCGGGCUUGCAAGAUCGACAACAAGUAUGUGACCAUGCAUUCCGAGCCCGGGAGUAACUCUGGCCAUGCCGGGACUGGGACGCCCAAGAAGAGCGUGUCCAGGACGCUCAAGUAUAACCAGGACGCGGGGCUGCGUGCUGCCGGAGCAGUGCCGGGGCCGGUAGUAAAGUCUCUGGGAUUCUGUCAGGGACAGCACGGGGAAGUUUUGGCACCGGCACACUUUGAGCUCGAGGAGGACGUCUCCUUUUGGCAAGACCAUAAUGUUCAGGUGCUCAUCCGUAUAAGGCCUCCCAGCCCGCUAGAGGUUUCGCUUCAAGGCCCCGGCAGAUGUCUGCGUCAGGAUACUGCUCACAGCCUUACGUGGAUCGGGCACCCCGAAUCAAGGUUUACCUUCGACCAUGUGGCCUGUGAAAGCGUCAACCAGGAGAAGCUGUUCAGAGUCGCGGGGCUGCCAAUGGUGGACAACUGUAUCUCCGGAUAUAACAACUGCAUGUUUGCCUAUGGUCAGACGGGGAGUGGGAAGACCCAUACAAUGCUUGGCGAUAUUGAUCAGGAGCAAAGCGAGGAAAGAGGAAUGAUACCCCGGGUUUUUGAAUACCUCUUUGUAAAGAUCCAACUGGAAGGGGAAGCUCGCAGAUCUCAAGGCCUUGAGUUCGCAUGUAAAUGCUCGUUUCUGGAAAUUUACAAUGAGCAAGUUUCUGAUCUUCUCGAGCCGUCCACCACCAACCUGCAAUUGAGGGAGGAUGUCAAGAAAGGCGUUUAUGUUGAGAACCUCAAGGAAGUAGAAGUCAACAGUGUUGGAGAUGUUAUGAAGCUGCUUAAUCAGGGCUCUGCAAACAGAAGAGUGGCGGCUACAAACAUGAAUAGAGAGAGCAGCCGUUCUCACAGCGUUUUCACCUGUGUAGUGGAAAGCAAGUGGGAGUCGGAUGAUUCCGUCAUCAACACACGUUUUGGACGAUUAAAUCUGGUCGACUUAGCAGGGUCUGAAAGACAGAAGAGUUCGGGAGCGGAAGGCGAUAGGCUCAAGGAGGCUGCUAACAUUAACAAGUCCCUCUCUACACUUGGGCUUGUCAUCAUGGUCCUUGUUGACGCUGCUAACGGCAAGCCGCGGCACAUACCGUACCGCGACUCUAAACUUACAUUCCUCUUACAAGAUUCACUGGGUGGGAACUCGAAAACAAUGAUUAUAGCAACUGUGAGCCCUUCUAACAGCUGCUCUUUGGAGACUUUGAGCACUCUAAAGUUCGCCCAACGCGCCAAGUUUAUCCGUAACAACGCUAUCAUUAAUGAGGACAGCUAUGGGGACGUUGUUUCCCUGCGUCAACAGAUCCAACAGUUGAAGGAUGAAGUGAACUAUCUUCGGAGUCAGGAUUGUAGAAACAAUGAUCAGCCUGUGGAGCCAUGUCUUUUACACAGUCUGGGUCAAGAAGUACUUGCUGCUUCUUUGAGAAGAGAGGCAGCGGCGGAAUCAGUCAUUAAGAACCUUGGGGUGGAGAUCAGUCACCUUAAACGACUGGUGAGGCAAAGGGAGGAAGAUACACAACGCGUGAAGAUGCUUUUGCGAUUUAGAGAGGACAAAAUCAGAAGGCUAGAAGCUGCGGAGGAUGGACCCACUGCUGGAGGCUCUUUUUGUUUGGAAGACAGGGAAGCUUUGGUAGAGGAAGUAAAGGUCCUUGGCAGCAGAGUCGAACACAACCCUGAAGUUACACGAUUUGCAAUGGAAAACAUACGCUUAAUGGAAGAGCUGAAAAGGUUCCACGAAUUUUAUGACAACGGAGAAAGAGAAACCAUGACUACUGAGUUGUCGAACCUUCGGGAUCAGCUUAUGGAGGUUUUGGAAGCAAAUGCGAUUUUGAAGGAGGAAUGUGGUAUUCAGAGCCAUUCACGGCUUUUAGAAGAGGUUGAGAAUUUCCGCUCUGAGGCGAACGUUAUGGAGGAGCAUAAGCAGAAAUCAGAAUCCUUACAACGGGAAAACGGAGAGCUCAUUAGGGAGUUGCAGAGUAGAACCAGCGAAAUGGAGUUUUACAAACGGGAGCUGGACGCGUAUAAGGAGAGAAAGGCCUGUGAUAUAGAAUCCAAUGCACGCUUAGAGCUGCAGUUAAAAGAGGCAAUGAGGGAGAAGCAAGCUCUAGAAGCCAGUCUCGAGGAAGCAGAUGAGUUACGUGAGCAGAUGGAAAGCCAGCAGUUAGUGUUAAUCAACGAGCUUGAAGCUGCUCUCUUGAAACAACAAAAAUACGAAAGUGACGACAGUACAGCCGUGUUAAGGAGCCAGGUGCAGUUGCUACAGCUUGAACUGAGAAGGAAAGAAGAAAUCCGCUGCUUAGAGAAGACUGUGGGCUUCGAUGAGGCAGAAAAAUCUAAGACCGAACAGGAGGUACUGAAGAUUAGGGAAGAACUUGACGAGGCACAGGAGUUGAACAGGCUUUUCUUCAGAGAAAAAAUACACAGGCUGGCUAUAGAAAAACAGAUGGAUGUCAGGCGUGCAGAAGUUGAAGCUGAGACGGCAGAUACUAUUUCUAAUCUGCAUAGGGACCUUCUUAUGGCAAAUGAUAAGUUCGCACUAUCUAGUAACCACGAAAAACUCUCAUCUGACGAGGUCGAAAGCUUGCAGCUUGAAAAUGCACGGCUAGCAAAUUACUGCAACGAACUGAGGCUGGGCAAAGAACAAGAGCUUUGCAAGCUCUGGCAACAGACUACAAGAAGACUAGCCGAUUAUCUAUCUGAAGGUGACGCGACACUUGAUGCUGCAGCAACGGAAAUGGAACGGAUUUUUCAGACUUCCUUGCCGGAUUGUCCACCAAGCCAUUUUGCUGCGGAGAAGCAAAAGGUUAUUCAGGCUUUACAGUUAAAGCUACACCAGGCUUUUGAGUUUGUCAAAGAUGCAGAGCAAAAGAUGGAGGCUUUAACUGACGCGACCUCAAAUAUGUCGAAAAUGCAAGAGACACAGAGAGAGGAGGUGUUGACGACAAGGAUUACUGCAGAAGAAGCCAUAUGCAGAGCAGACUGCCUUGAAGGGAACAUGAGAAAGCUCAACAAAUUUCUGGAGGUCGCCUUUAUAGUGAUUAACAACCUUGCCGAGGCACAGGAACAACAACGGGAACUAGAACGAACUGAAGACGCGGGUUUAAUAUGCUCACUAAGGAGGAGUCUGCUACUAUCCGAGAAAAGAGGACACGCCGCUCUUUUAGUUGUAAAGCAUUGCGUUGGCGUGGAGGAGCAGCUGAGAUCAAAGAUUUGCGACGGUGCAAGUAUUAUUUCGGAACAGCAAACAGCUAUAGCUAUUCUUCAGGAGAAGAAUGACACCCAUAUCCGUGUUUUAGAACAGACUCGAACCGAGCUACAAGAACACUCGACUAGACUACAUGAGGCUGAAGAGCUUUGGUGCGCCGAAAAGGAACGGCUGUUGACGGAUGUGAAAGUGUUAACGUCUCAGACCGAUUAUCUCGCGAAAGACUGUAGUUACUCGAGUUCAACACUACUCAAGCAGAUGGUCAGUUUCGAGCAGCAGGUGCACGAUUCCAAGUUACUGGUCGACGACGCGUUUCGAUCUAUCUCCCAUGAAGGAUUGUCAACACUGCAUGCGGUUAAGAUCGACAUAUCAGAGGCCCGAAACUUCGUUAACGCACUCAGGGAGGACAGUGACGCGAAUGUUUUAAAAGGCUACAAGGAGGUCGUUGCGACAAGGCUUGCGUUGGAAAAGGCCCGAGCGACACAUGCUUCUGACAUGUCCAAGGCGAAUCUGGAGUUGGACAUGCUCCGAGAAUCAGCUGAAGUUGAAAAGCUGCGAUUGCAAAUGGCAAUAGCUAAUGCUCAAGAGAAGCUUUCGUCGUUGCAGUUCAAAGUUGGCGAGCAAUCUUUGGAACUUCAGAAAGCUCAGCACAAGUGCGAGGCUUACGAGAAAGACUGUAUGGUGGCUGUAUCAGAAAUGCAUGAGCUGGACAUAAAGGUUCAGGAGCUGGAUGACCACAUCGCGCGGCUUGAAGCAGAAAACGGGGCGUUGAAGGGCAGGGUCGCCUCGUUGCUGGAAGAUAUCGAAAGGAAAAAUGCUGCGUGCAAGGAGCUAGAGAUUUCUGUUCAGGAGCUCGUUGAGGAGGCAAGGAAGAAACAAGAUGACACUUUACAGCUUCGGCAAGAGAUGCAUUCCAAGGGUGACAACAUUCUCCGGUUGGAAACGGUGGUUCGUAAUGCCCAUGAGGAGCUUUCACGAUCGAACCAUGAAGUGGCUGCGACAACAAAGGAGUUACAAUCUUUGAAGGACGCGACACUGGCAGAGAAGUCCACAUUGAAGUCUAGUAUUCAAGAAUUGGAAUAUAAGAUGGUGGACUUGAAUCUUAUAAAAUCGAAACUUGAGGAAAAGAACAACGUCCUCGAGCAGCAGGUUGCGGUGCUAGAGCGGAACUCCAGAGCGUCACAUUCGGAUUACGAAAGUAAAAUUUCGAACGAGAUCGAAAAGAAAGAGUCUAUUAUCAAGGGCUUGGAAUUUGACAUGGGUUUACUUCAGGAGUCAUUCGCUGACAUGGCUGAGACAAAAGCUGACGUUCUGGAAACCAAUGCGAAGCUACAGCAUGAAUUGUCCUUGAGGUUGAACGAUCUUUCAGAAGCACAAGGGCUUCUUGCAAGUGCGCGCGGGGAGCUCUCGGAAAAAUUGAGUAGUCUGCGCUGCCUGGAAGGCGAGGCUGAUACGCUGAGAGAUCUUAAGGCGACUUUGGCAUCAGAAAACAACGCUCUCGUUAAGAAAAUUGAAGAACUCGUGUUUGAAAAGAACAACGUUCAAGACGAGUUGGAAGAAAAGUCGCAUUUAGUUGAGAGUUUGGAUCUAGAGCUUUUGGAGCUGAGCUCCUUGGUGGAACAGAAGGUGGCAGAGGCUGUUAGUUCUGUACAGGAGGAGCUGAAUGCUGUACUUCAGGAGCGGGACAGGCUAAGUGCGGACCUGUUGGUUGUUACCGAGCAGCUUGACAUGGCCCAGUCACUCGCUGACGAAAGAGAAAUCGUGGCAGUCGAGGUUGGGAUAAUAAAACGUGAAGCACAAAUGCAGCGGUUGAUGAGAGAAGAUUUAGAAACUGAAGUGCAAUCCCUACGACAUGAGAUCACUCUGAGAACCGGGAUGAUUGCAGCGAAGAAAACAGACGAAGAAGCAAUCCUGAAGCUAAAGGAAGAAAUUGCCAAGCUUUCUGAAGAUUGUUUCGAGAAAGAGUCACAGAUCCAGGCGUACAACAAGCAUAUUUCAGAUCUAACGACUGCCUCCACCAGACAAGCAUCCCACUAUCAACAAAAGAUCAACGAGCUGGAAACGUUUUUGGAUCAGGCAAAAGCGACGAAAACAAAGGGGUCGAGCUCACCAUUCAAGUGCAUAGGGAAAGGUCUUUCGCAGCAGAUGAACUCAGAGUUCGACGAAGAGCUAUCUGCAGCAAGGCACCGUAUCAGCGAACUUGAAACUAUCGCUGCCGGCCGACAAAGAGAGGUGUACAUGCUAAACUCGAGGCUUGCAGAAGCGGAAAGUAUGACACAUGAUGUCGUCAGAGACCUUCUUGGAGUUAAAAUGGACAUUACAAAUUACGCUUCGCUACUUGGCCAGGAUCGUUUUCCAGAUUCGUCAAACCAUGAGAACGUUCAACUCUUGCAAAAGCAACCUGAGGAGUAUAUUGAAGAACGGGAUAGUUGUCUUGACGAAAUAGACCACCGUCAGAAUGAAGUUGCUGCCAUUCGUGUAGCAGCUGAGAAGCUCCGGCUGCGAGAGCAAGCGCUAAACAGUGAGAACGAAAAACUGAAGGGAGAACUUGAUGCAUUCAAAAAGCACAAGUCUGGUUUAGAGAACGAGGUACGGAAGCUAUCCGGACAACAGAACCUUCAGCAAAGAAUUCAUCAUCAUGCCAAGAUCAAGGAGGAAAACAAUCUGCUAAAAGCUAAAAACGAUGAGCUUUCGACUAAGCUUCGAAACAUGGAAAUACGUUUGAGUCGCGUCCAUGAGGAACUUGACCAACAUCGUGACGCAAAUGGGAAGCCACGAUAUGAGGUUGAGCAGCAACUUCGCAGCAAACUAAAGGAGGCCGAAGAUGAUAAUCUCCAAAUGGCCGAAGAGUUAUCAAACAUGUGCAAGAAGAUCAUGCAGGUUUCGGGCGCUUAUCACACUGAGGGCCAUGUGGAUACUUCAGUGGCAUGGCAGUCAUUGGAGAUGCUUCAUCAUCAGCUCGCUGAUAACCAGAAGCAGGUGGCCGACCUCAAGCAUAUAAUAGCUGACUACCGUAGAGUUGUAGACCGUUAACAGCCAAUUGGGAUCCUGCGCGAGGGCAAUGGUUCGCCUAAGUCUCUGGUGCGCUACGUCUUGCGCGCUGCUAUUGGUUAUCUAGAAAAUUCUUGAGCAAUGAAAGUUGCGAUUUUGAUGAA